CACGUCCUCGGCCGAUUCAUUACGGCAGCAAUUAUCCAACGACGCGCCAGCCCGCAAGAGCAACGCCGCAAUUUCCGUACUUGUCCCUUCGCGAUAGACGGAAAUACCGAGGGGAGUCCAUCCCCUGUGAGUCGUUGCGUUGACAUUCGCCCCCGCCGCUAGCAGCAGCGAUGCGACAUGCAUUGAUGCGAUUUCUGGAAGGCAAGCCUCAUGCAGCGCAGUUUUUCCGCUUCCGCGGCCUGAGAGGGCCUGAUUCACGUUCACGCCGCGGCUCAGCAGGUAGCGUGCGAGGUCCGCCCUACGGGUUGUUGUAGCUGCUAUCAGAAGCGUCUCAGACUCGUGCAACCGAUCGACGGCGUGGAUGUCCCCGCCCGCGUCGAGCCAGGCCGAGACGCGUUCAAGGUCUCCAUUUCUCGCAGCGACAAGAACCUCGUCGGGAAGUGCACUCAUUCUUGCGCGUGAGAAAUACGCGCACGCCGACGCGGUCGACGUCCAGCAACUUUAAGGUCAAAUUUGAGAAGUCGCUCCCGAGGGUGCUAGCUCUGUCGACAGCGGUCGCCUCCGCAAACGCGUACGUAUUGCGGCGACGAAUUGGUCCAGAGAUAGCCCCCGGAGCGGCUCGGACGCGUUUUGGUUAAAACCUGUUUUGAUCCUGAAGGUCGGCCAAGCGCGCGCGGGCGGAGCUUGUGGGCGUCUCCGCGCUACUCUGCGAAGGCCGAGACUAGUAUUUAUCACACGACACGGCCGGCGCGCCGGCAGGCCCCGAGGAGACCUUUAAAAUCAAUAAGAUGGACACAGGCACACUCACUGAAGGCGAGAAAAAAGCCAUAAAAGUGGCCUUAGCGACCGCGAUCCUCCGCGGCGCAAACUCGAACGAAGACGAAGACAAGCCGCCAAGGCGGGACGCGAUCGACGCGCAGCUCGUCGCGGCGCGCGAGGCCGCGGUCCUCGACGCGCCGGCGGGCAGCGGCGACGCCGUCUGCCAGGAGCUCGCGCUCCUCGCGCGCACGCGCUUCGCCAAGUCGCCGCAGCUCCUCGCGGCGUUCCUCGCGGCCUCGGGCGUGCUGGCCCGCGAGGCGCCGGCGUCGUUUCCCCGCGUCGCGGCGCUGGCGCGGAGCGUGGCGGGCGCCACCGUCGACGCGGCGCCCGGCGCCGUGACGCGCGCCCUCGCGUUCCUGCGGUCCCUGAGUGCCGCGCGCGCCGCGGCGCGCGAAUCAAAUUUCGCCAUCGAUGGCGCCGAGUGGUCGAUGUGCGCGCAGGCACGCCGGCGCCCUCGACGCCGCCGUGCUCCGCGGGACGACGGCGGCGCUGUCGGACCUCGCGCUCGACUUCGCCGAGGGCGCGGCCCCCGCGCGGCGCGCGGCGGCGAUGCGCGCCGCGGGGCCGCUCAUCGCGCUCUUCGCCGAGCUCGCGGCCGCGCGCCUGGCGCGGGCGCCGGAGGACGGGCCCGGCGUCGCCGAGACGACCGCUCGGCUCAUGCGCGACCUCGAGCCGGCGCCCCUCGCGGCCGCGCUGCUCGCCGACCGCUUCUCGUGCCCGCUCGGCGCGGCGGCGUAGUAGGAGCUCCAAGAAGACUAAGACACAAGAAAACGUUA